AUGGCUGAUAUCGGGACUCAUAUUGCAUUGGACUCGGAUGAGAACGACUCGACGUACGGCGAUGACUCCGCCUCCGACACUACGUCCCUGAAGUCUGCCAUUUACAAUUACGUGUACCGCAAUGGGCGACGAUAUCAUGCGUACAAGGAAGGAGCAUACUGGGGUCCGAACGACGAGUUGCAAGCGGAUCAAUUGGACAUCAUGCACCACAUCUGUCUACUGAUGAUGGACGGUGAAUUAUGCAUGGCGCCUAUUGGAGAGAAUCCAAUGCGAUUUCGCGGAUAA